AUGGCGCCUCAUGAGGGAUUGGUACACGCGAAAGAGUACGACAUCAAGGACAGCAAUGUGGAGCUGAUUGGAUCCGAUAUCGACCACCGCGUCAAGUACAAAUCCGCCGCGGCCGAGCCUGCCUGGAACAAUGGGAAGAUUGGCCAAGAAGCUGGGUUCUCCAUAUGGCGGAUUGAGAACUUCGAGGUCAUCCCGUGGCCCAAGGAGCGGUAUGGCGAGUUCUACGAUGGGGAUAGCUUCAUCCUGCUGCACUCGUACAAAGUCGGCAAGCAGCAAGGCGAGGAGAAGCUAGGCCAUGAUAUAUAUUUCUGGCUGGGAAGCAAGACGACUCAAGAUGAAGCUGGUACGGCCGCCUACAAGACGGUCGAGCUGGAUGAAUUCUUGCACGGCGCUGCCACUCAGCAUCGGGAGACACAAGCACAACCCUCCGACGAAUUCCUAUCCCUGUUCCGUCAAUACCGGGUUCGGUCGGGAGGGGUGCGCUCCGGGUUCACUCAUGUCGAACCGGAGGAGCCCAUGGAAAUUCUCACUCUACUCCGCAUCUUCAAGCACCCCGGCGGUGGCCGUGCGAUUAUCGUACACGAAGUGGAGCCUACAUGGCAGAGCCUGGAUGAGAAGGAUGUCUUUGUCUUAGACAAGGGCGAUAAGAUUUGGGUCUGGCAAGGCAAGAGCUGCAGCCCAAUGGAGAAAGCGAAGGCGGCGCAGGUGGUGAAUGACAUGACUCUCGCCAAGCACAUUGACGUGGAAGUUUUGUCGCAACUCGAGUCGCGGUCCAAGAUCAUUGUGGAUCUGUUGGGAGGCAAGGAGGUGAAACAAUCCACGUUCCAGUCGCCUCGUCCGGGGUCAUUUGCCAAGAGAUCGGCCGAGGAUAGCAACAUCUCACAUCCGCGCAAGCUGUUCCGUCUCAGCGACGCCUCGGGGCAAUUAUCCUUUGACCUUGUCAAGGACGGCGGUCGCAUCAACCGGUCCGACUUUGACGGCAACGACGUUUUCCUAUAUGAUGUCGGUAAUAGACUUUGGGUCUGGCAGGGCCUCAGCGCCAGCGAGCGCGAGAAGGCCCUGUGGCUCAAGGUUGCUCAACAUUACGUUCGUCGACUCCAGGACAGCCAAGAAAACUCCGAAGCAUAUCUCACCCCGAUCGCCAAGGUGGUGGAAGGAUAUGAAAGCCCGGCAUUCUUGAAGACUGUCGAGGUGUAG